CGUUUCAGCUUGGCAGCUCGCACCGAAGCGCAAUCGCGUGACGGACUCCACGCUGCCAGCGACAAAACGCAAGCGCACAACGCCACCCACCGCGCACGCCCCGCGCCGCAUCCGGGCAGCCGACAAACAACGAUGUUCGCCCCCCCGAAAGGCCGCCAGCCGCGCACGCCGACCCACUUGACGAGCGAGGAGAACGAGAACAGCGUCGCCGUCCGGUUCCGACGGGCCGGCGCCCUCCAGGAGAUGGAGCGCCACCAGAAGAAUCGCUACGGUGAAAAAGUAGCCGACGUCGACGUCAUGGACUCACUGGUACCUGAAAUAGUACAUAGAAAACAGUCAACGAUGCGCCCCAAGUCACGAGUAGGUCGAGCCAUGGACGACCCGACCCAGAAGAUGGAGGCCAUCGCCAAGAGCGCCCUGGAGAUGCGGUCGUCCAUGGAAGGCGAGCUCCGGAAACUGAGGGAUGAAAAAGAACGGACCAAACAGCAAUUGAAGCACCAGAUGGACUCGGAACUCGCGAAACUCAAGCGAGAAAGGUCGUUAGCCCAAGCGGAACUUCGUCGGAGCAUGGAGGCCGAGGUCGCUAGAAUCAGAACAGAAAAGGACCGAGAGAUCAGUGAAUUGAGGGAGAAGACCAUGCGGCGGCCGGUGUCCUUGCCGACGGGGCCUCGAGGGGUUCCGAACAGCGCUAGGUCGUCCGUGUCGUCUGUAUCAAGUCCGGAGUCGCUGUCGCAGACGCAGCCUCGUCGACUGAUCAAGCGCCUGCCGUUACGUUCGCAAUCGGCCGUCGACGUGUUUCAAGAUGAAUCCGAUGAAGUGCGCCAGUUACGGAAGCGCAACGCCGAAUUAGUACAGGAAUUGAAGAAGACGCGGCCGGCGUCGGCGGCGUGCCUCGAGACCGCGCCUUUUUCUUCCCAGGACUUCUUCUCCACCAAAAAAGAGGAGGACCACGUCGGGUUGCUCGCUUCAUGCUUGGACCAGUUCCCCGAGAAACUCAGGCAAGGCAGCUUUCUGUGGAAGGUCCCUUUUCAUGCCACGGGCGCCGCCCCGCAGAAGCGGUGGUUCCGCGUAGCUUUGAGGAAGGCGCCAAGUCAUGCGCCGGACCAGCAGGAGGUCGUCAUCACCUGGGGGGCUUCUGAAAAGGCGGAGGCCACAGCCUCCAAAGAUCGGUCUGUCGCGUUGGAGGAUGUUCUUGAAUUAAGACCGGGCCACAAGACCCAGGCCUGGUGGGUCCAGGCGAAUGCUGGAAGAUUGAUACCACCGGAGGACCUGUGCUGGUCCCUGGUCUGCAAAGAUAGAACACUAGAUCUGGCCGCGGAGGACGGCGACGACGCCAAGGCCUGGCGCCGCGGGUUACGGGGCGCCAUCCAGGUCCUGCAGACUGCUCGUAGAAAGCGCUUUGCGGGCGACGAGGACAACGCGACCGUCGAUUCGGACGACGAGGAGGUGCGCUCCGUGGCUUCUGAUAGUCUACUGGGGUCUCCCCGUCAUGACGUGGCCGCGCCGCGCUUCCGUCUGGCUUUAGAAAGAGGAGACUGCGUCGCGGCGCGGCGGCUCUUAGCAGCGGCCAAGGUGAAUGGAGGCGACGCGGUCCUAGCUAAUAGGAGCUACGGGACCGACACGGGCGCGAAGAUGGAGACGCCUCUGCAUGGAGCUUCAAGAACGGGCAACGUUUUGUUGGUGCAAUUACUAUUGGAACAUCACGCCGACGCGAGGGCGCGGGACGGCACGGGCGCGACGCCGGCCCACGUCGCGAUCCGAGCCAAGGCCGACGGCGCGCGCGACGUUUUGGCAGUAUUGCUGGACGCGGCGGGCGACGACGUCCUCGAAGCUAGAGAUAAUGCGGGCGACGUGCCUUUACAUGUGGCCUGCCGCGCCGGCGCGCUGGAGUGCGUCCGCCUACUGCUGGAGACGGCGGCGGACCCGCAAGCCAAGAAUAACAUGGGCGAGACGCCGUCGGACUGCGCGUCGGGUCACGUGCUGGCGCUCGUCGCGGAGUACGCGCCGCCGGCCCCGAAUGACGACGAGGCGUUCGACCUUGCGGGCGUGACCUGGAGAGCGCGCGUCGACCCGGCCUCGAGUUACCCGUACUUUGAGAACGAGGCGACGGGCCAGACGCAGUGGGCCGACCCGCGCGAGGCCGUCGCUGAGGCCUCUGAGGCCGCGGAGCCCGAGGUCGUCGAGGUCGCCGAGGAGGCAGCGGAGCCCGAGGUCGUCGAGGCCGUCGCUGAGGCCUCUGCGGCUGCGGAGACGGAGCCCGAGGUCGUCGACGUCGCCGAGGCGCCCGCCGCGGCGCCCGACGCGCCCGCCGAGGCGCCGGCUCCCGCGCCGAAGAAGAACACGCCGACGCGCGACUGGGCGCGGAAGCCGCUCUUCUCGAUCACGAACUCGGUCGAGGCGACGGGGUGA